AGGAGGAGCAGGACGCAGAGCGCGCUCUCUCGCAGGCGCCCCCGCUUCCACGCGCCACAUAGAACGGCUCCACUCAGGGGGAGGGGGAGGUUGCUAGAGCGCUGUUUCUUGUGGGUAGAGUCAGCCUUUUCCCUUCCCUACAUCUCGGUUGCCCAGGCGCUCUGAACAGGGUUUCGCGAGACUUGGUUGCCGCGUGGUUUCGAGGCCACGGUGGAUUUCCUUGAGGGAGACGGGGAAGAGCGUGGCCCUCGCAGACUCCCUUCAGCCCAGCCAAGCCAUUCCACUUUGGAGAGGGACAGAGAGCAGGGCUCACGUGACCCUUCGACUCUCAGAGCUCUGCUGCCUCGAGACGGGUGCACGAGGGGAGGGGGCGGGGCCAAGCUUCCUCGCGCGCGCAGGGAGAGACGGGGGGGGGGGGGCGAGGCAAGCUUCCACGCGCGCAGGGGCCUCCGCUUCUGAUUGGAUGGCAGGGGCAGGCUCAGAAUGGCGGCAGCGCCCCUCCACUGUUUGCCUAUCUCUCGUGUGUCUCUUUCCUCCAUGAGGGACGAUGGCCUGUUCCCCUUUCCCAUGCCAGACCCACAUCCUCUCAUAAGAAUAUCAAAAAAGAGAGAAAAAAAAUCGGUAUUUGAGGUAAAAAUUACUCAUAAGGGCUCGUUCAGGAUUUGAGCAAGGAGGCGUUCUUGACAUCCUCCUAUUCACUCUCUGGAGAUGAAAGUACUGCCUUCCCUUGGCCUCCCUUGCCCUUAUUAGCUUGUACUUUUAAAGAGAACUGGCCCAUGCCCCCCUCACUUUUUUGGGGCAAUAAGUGGAAGCCAUGUUCUUCAGAUGGACAGAAAGUAGGAAAUGGCUUAUAGCUAUGUGUCCAUACAUGAACUGAAUGUGGAAGAGGCCUUGCUCUUUGAAGGACUGCUGUUAUACCUGGGCCUCUACUUUUUUGUGUGUCAGGAGCAACUUGAGAAACUGUAAAUCACUUCUAUUGUGAGAGAAUUGGCCGUCUGCAAGGAUAUUGCCUAGGGGACAUCCAGAUGUUUUACCAUCCUGUAGGAGGCUUCUCUCAUGUCCCAGCACGGGAAGUUGAAGCUGACAUACGGGAGCUCACCCCACUCCCCAGAUUUGAAUCGGCAGGAGUCAGCAGUCCUGCUGGCACAAGGGUUUAACCCAUUGUGCCGCCGGGGACUCCUAUGGCCUCUAUUUAAAUUAUACUUUGUUAUCCAGAGAGAGUGAUAGUGAGGGCAUGCAUGCAUGCAAGGUGUUUGCUUCCAGAAGUAGCUGCUGCCCUUGCCUCCUUGCUUGCCCACCUUCCGUAUGGAGGGUUGUGUAUGCUUCCAGCUGUGCACUUACCUAGAGAAGGAAUAUAGAGAAACAGAAUAUGAAUUCAUCUGAAUUAUAUGAUGAAGAGAAUACAGAAGUUACCAAAAAUAUUUUGAAAAUAGAAACAAAUAAAGAAGAUGAAGUGCUAGACUGCUCUGUGAUCCCAAAACAUGCGAAAAAUUCACUUGAGAGUUUGGUGAAUUGCCUGCAAGACACCAACAAACGAAAACGGACCUCGCUUGUUUGUAAUGGUUCAGCAAACCACCAAGAAAUUCAACCUAGUGUGAAAAAAAGAGGCCUUACACAAGAGGGCCUUAUUUCAAACCUGAAGCACAGAGAUGGGUCACCUACUCAGGAAGAUGUGGAACAGCCAAACAGGACUAAGAAUCCCAAUGUAACAUGGAUUUGUGAAGAAGAAAGCUUGAAUAACACAGUCAUGCCAUCCUAUAAGAAGCCUCUGUAUGGCAUCUCACAUAAAAUUACAGAGAAGAAGACUCUGCCAGGAACGGAACAGUUCGCUUCUUAUGACUUGUUUGAUAAAGUUAAUCCUAGCAGUCCCUCCAGUCUUCGGAAUUUGAAUGAGCAACGCAAAAGAGAUGCAAGUAAUCUUUCCGUUCUUGCUUCUGAGUCUGAUCCAAAUAUAUAUUCUUUGAUACAAAAAAUGUUUUACACACUGAAUACCUUAAAUUCCAACAUGACUCAGCUUCACAGUAAAGUAGACUUGUUAUCACUAGAAGUCAGUAGAAUUAAAAAGCACGUCAACCCAAUAGAUAUUGUAGCAGAUUUCAGGCCUCCGCCUGAGUAUCAACUGACUGCUCCAGAACUCAAGCUCCUCAUGGAUCAGAGCACAUCAGGUGCAGACUUGGCUUGCCGAUUAUUGGUACAGCUUUUUCCUGAGCUCUUCAGUGAGGAUGAAAUGGGCAGGGCCUGUAGUACUUGUGGCUACCUUAACAAAAAGAAACUUGAAUCACUGCAUCUGCAGCUCAUCCGAAAUUAUGUGGAAGUCUGUUACCCUUCUGUGAAGAAUCCUGCUGUUUGGCAGGCAGAAUGUUUGCCUCAGGUCAAUGACUUUUUCAAUAGUUUUUGGGCUCAGAGGGACAUGGAAAAUAGUCAGCCAGAUAUACAGGCCUCCAGUUUUUAUGACACUGAUCAGAUCCUUGGGGAUAAGGAAGACGAAGAAGUGCUGUCCAUGGAGAGAAGUAACUCUAUUGUUUCUGAAUGGGUAUUUGAUGCUCAGGAUAUAAAUGAAUUUUUAGAUGAGGCUUCCUCUCCAGGAGAAUUUUGUGUCUUUUUGCUGCACAGAUUGUUUCCAGAACUCUUUGAUCACAGGAAGUUGGCCGAGAGAUACAGUUGUUAUGGAGAAUGUGGGAAACAAGAGCUUGACCCCCAGCGACUUCAGGUAAUCCGCAGGUACACAGAGAUUUAUUUUCCUGCUAUGCAGGAGAGAAAGGCUUGGUUGCAGCAUUGUGUUCAACGAAUAAACGAUGAACUUGAAAACAUGUAUAUGGAUGACAGUGAGAGUGAACAGUUGAGAGACGAUUGCUAUGAUUCUAGUUUGCCUGACGAUGUGUCUGUUAUAAAAGUGGAAGACAGUUUUGAAUAUGAAAGGCCAGGUAGAAGGUCAAAAAAGAUUUGGCUUGUACCUAUAGACUUUGAUAAAAUAAAUGUCCCUUCCCCCGAUUUUGAUGUCCCUAUUCCAGACUACCUGUUAAACAAGGAACAGCUUAAAAAUAUUUAUGAAAGUAGCUUGUCUAUAGGCAAUUUUGCUUCUCGGUUGCUGGUUCACUUAUUCCCUGAAUUGUUUACUCACGAAAACCUAAGGAAGCAAUAUAAUUGUAGUGGAUCUCUGGGCAAAAAACAGCUUGAUCCAGUUAGGAUUAAGUUAAUUCGACAUUAUGUGCAAAUGCUAUAUCCAAGAGCGAAGAACGACAGAGUGUGGACCUUGGAAUUUGUUGGAAAGCUUGAUGAAAGAUGUCGUCGCAGAGAUACUGAGCAGAGACGCACGUACCAACUACAGAGAAAGAUUCAUGUGCCGGGACCGGAAAGGAGAGACUUUCUGACCUAUGCAAUAAAUGCAGAAAGAUUUAAAGAAGAAUUUGAAGGGCCACCAUUGCCUCCAGAAAGAAGCAACAAAGAUUUUUGUAAGAUACCACUCGAAGAGCUUGUUGUUCCUUUACCAGACUUUCCUGUGCCUUCUCUGUAUCUGCUGUCCGAUAAAGAAGUAAGAGAGAUAGUACAGCAGAGCCUUUCGGUUGGUAACUUUGCUGCCAGACUUCUUGUAAGACUUUUCCCAGAACUCUUUACUUCAGAUAACUUCAGACUGCAGUACAACCAUUCAGGAGCUUGUAACAAAAAGCAACUCGAUCCUAUCAGACUGAGACUAAUCCGUCAUUAUGUUGAAGCUGUUUAUCCUGUUGACAAAAUGGACGAAGUGUGGCAUUAUGAAUGUAUACCCAGCAUCGAUGAAAGAUGCAGGCGCCCCAAUAGAAAAAAGUGUGACAUAUUGAAAAAAGCUAAGAAAACAAAAAAGUGAGGGAAUCUUUUAUGUUUCCAAAGAUGUUGUUGACCACUUCAAUUAUUUGAAGCAAGUUGAAAAGUCAAUCUGUUGUAGACUCAGCACUAAAGCAAUUGACCCUGGAGCAUUGCUCCUCCAUAUGUGAUUAUUACAUAUAUGGGAAAGGACAAUAUGGGCAGCAAGGGAGGUAAGGUCCAGUCAAGUAUGAAUGUCUUUUUGAAAACAGUUGAAAUGAAUGCAAAUUGUAAAAUAUAUUCUAUAUAUUGCAAUUGGUUUCAUUAUGCCUAUAUACAGGCUAGAUUCUUAAUAGAUAGUGCCCUUACUACCUGUAUUGGUUCACAACAUGGAACUGUAAAUUGUUAGAGAUGACCCUACAAUAUCUUGUUUAAAUAUAACCUUCACUAGUAAAAAUAGAUUACAUCGUUUUAAAUUCUUAAUUGAUUUUAACAAUAUGUAUUCUUGUGCUCUUUAUGGCAUUUUUCAUUAGGUUCUUUUAAUCGGUCAUUUGGAAAUUAACAAGUUUUAAAUUUUUUGAAACCUGUAGUUUUUGAAAUGCCAUAUUGUCUGAAGAAGAACGGAAAAUCAAGAAAAGUUUGUGCUAAUUACAGUUAUUCUUUAUGUUGGUCUGAAUGCUGGAAGAGUGAAAAUACUAUAAAAUCAGCGAACAGAAGAGUCACCGUUUUCCUUUGGCAUUUUUUCAUUUUGUAACUAAGUUGGUGUAAAAUUUAAGAUAAUAAUGACAUUAUUUAACAUAUGUGUUUAUAGUAAGAUUGUAGUGUGGAUGCUUCCCUUUUUUAUUCAUCUAAGUUAUUUUACUGUCUUCAAUGGUGUGAGCUCUCAGUUUAAGAUUUACUGGUAUGAGUAGAGAUUGUGAAAGAGAAUCCUACCCUUUAUCAGUAGAACAUGGUGCUAUUACCUGUUAUUUUCACUACUUACUGAACAAAUACUUGAAUUGAAGAAUGUACAAAAUAUUUAAGCCCGUAUUAUUUUUGUUAGUAAAAUUUCUGCAGACUUUAAAUAUUAAAUGUCUCAUGUAUCUAUAUAUUUGGUUAUUUGGAAUGGCAUAUAAAAUAGCUCUCUGCAUCAUGGGAUUUUAUAUUUAUAUCUUUAGGUACAGUGGCUCCCUGGUUAUUUCAUUAUCAUAAAGGUUAUGAUUUUUUCACCUUUCUACUAAUAUUUGCCUUUGAAUUACCUGAAAUCCAAGGUAUUAAACUUAUUGAUGGUGUGUUUCUGUUAAGUAUACCCAAACACUAGUGAAGUGUUAGCCUUUUUGCCUUUUCAUUAUAUUCCCAUGAUAGAGAAAAAUAAAAUUACUUGCAGGAACAGGAUUGGAUCCAGAUAAUGUAUGUCAUACAUUUGUCUCUUUGAAAUCAUCCUUCAUUUUAAAAAAAUCCCAUUAAUGUGUUGCAUUCAUUCCCUUGUGACUAAAACAUGACUAUCUCUGUGCCCAAUUCGUUGGAUUUUUCUAAAAUUCUUCUGAAAUGCUCUAUCAUCUAGUAUAGUGAAGGAAACAAUCCCUUCCUGUGGAUCUAUUAUAUCCUUGAAUAUGGCAAACGUCAUGGAUCUCCAUGUGCACACUGAGUCCUGUGUCAGGCUCUGGACUGGGAAGCUUAACUUGUCUGACGCUAAUGUCAGUAAUUAAUGAAUAUUAAUAUAGUACUUCUGCUUGUUUAUUCUGUCAUAUAGCCAUGUAAAUUUCUAUCUUGUCCAACAGAAUCCAGUAUUUUAAUUCAGUUUUUUAAAAUACAUUUCACCCAAUUACUACUCCCAAUCUUGCACAUUGCUUUCCUAAUUACAUAGAUUUCAGUGCCAAAACUUGGCCAGGCUGUUUUUGAAACCAUUUGCUUAUAGACAGAUGCUAUGAUUGGCAGCUUCCUGCAAGGAUGCAUGGUGAAUGCAUGAAUAAAGUAUCUGCAUUUUAAUUAUGGCUAGAAUAUUUUACCAAAGAUAGGUUGGUAAAACUAUAUGUACCCCCUCCCCCCCAAAUGUAAACAUUUAUUCAGCAAAAUGAAUGUAUCAAAUGAAGGGGUACUUCGUGGUUUCUUUUAUUUGUAAACUAUCUAGUAACACCAACACCUCUAUCAGGAAAAUGGCAAGUUAUUGAAAAUAGUGAGAUUUUUCCUGUUCUUCAAAGUAGAAUUCAGUAUACAGAUAUUUCAUAGAGUUUGCUUUGUCUCUCAACUAAUAGAAUAUAUGAACAACUGAGGCUGGCCGAUGGCUAAAUAAUAGAUUGUAAAAUAAAGUACAUUUUUGUGUAGUA